CGGAGGUUUUAGUAGGUUUGGUAUUCGAAUGGCUUCUUUGGUGACUCUGGUAGCAGUGGCAGUGGCAGCUCUCCAAGGCCUAGCAGCAGCAGCAAUUUGUCCGCUUAAUUUCGGGGUGCUUGAUGGCUUCAGCUGUGAUCCCGGCGGAAAUUCAUGUGGAACGUGCUCAGACGCAUGGAACAGGCUGAAUUUUGUAGUAGCGGAGUAUGCUCGGAGGACACAGGUGUUCUUGCUCCCUCAGCAAGAUGCCAGCGCUUGCAUCGAUGAGUUUAAGAUGGAAUUACCGGCUAUGGGACAGGAUGCGAAUUUGAGUACGGCUUGUGGAAUCACUGCAUCAGUGUUGAUGGAGAGCUCAGCAAGAUGUCCGCAAAUAAGAACAGUGGCGGAUUAUCGACUGUCCAUCACUCCAGAAGCACUUGAGGAGUUGGAUUCAGCAUGCAGUAGCUUUUCAACACGUCCGGCGUGUGGUAGGUGUGUUAGCCGUGCAACUUCGGCGAGUUCGACGGCAGAGGAGGGCUGCUUGAGGUUUUCGUUUAUUUACGCGGCAGGUAUCGCUAGCAGAACAGGGCCUCUGGAUUCGAUGGUUGCAUCUUGCCUCUUCUUCUUGAGAGACGCAGAUGCACAGGAUCAGCAACGUCGAAGGAGGGUGAUCAUUCUAUCAACCGUGGUUCCGGCCGGUACGAUCCUGGUGGUCUUGAUCAUAGCUAUCUGGUAUUUACGGCGAAGGAACUUGCAGCUACGGGAUAAUGAGCACAGCGACAGAACUUUCAGGAUGAUGCACGGACCAGUGAAGUUCAGUAUCCAAGAGCUGAGGCUAGCCACCGCUGGAUUCUCUUCUCGAAACAAGAUUGGAUCUGGAGGAUUCAGCAACGUCUUCAAGGGAGUUCUGGGGGAUGGAACUCUGAUAGCCGUCAAGAGAUUCAAAAACUGUAGUUCCGCAGGAGAUGCGGAAUUCAUCAACGAAGUCGAAAUCAUCGGCAGCGUUCGCCAUAGGAAUCUGGCAGGACUACUCGGUUGGUGCGUCUCUAGCAGCUCCGAAACACGGCACGAGCGGUUCAUUGUCUACGAGUUUAUGCCCAACGGCAGCUUACAGGAUCAUCUCUCAGUGCCUGGCCAGAGCGUGAUACGUGAAUCGUGGGAACUCAGAAAAGCGAUCAUUCUCGGUGUUGCUCGAGGCCUGGCCUAUUUGCAUGGUGGUGCUGAGGCGAGAAUCAUCCACAGGGAUGUCAAGAGCAGCAACAUCUUGCUAGACGAGAGUAUGACUCCAAGAAUCUCGGACAUGGGGCUGGCGAAGUUCGUGCCUGAGGGGGUGAGCAGUUUCAGAACGGGCACUGUCGGCACGCAGGGAUACGUUGCGCCAGAGUACGUACUAUACGAGCAGCUUACAGACAAGAGCGACGUUUACAGCUUCGGGAUCGUGAUGCUGGAAGUCUUGACGGGAAACAAGGCGCUGGUUCCGCCCUUGUCGACACCAAUAGCAGACUGGGCCUGGGAUUUAAUCCAGAGGGACAAGCUGUGGGACGUGUUCUCUGGAGUUAAACUCGCGGGACUGGCCGACGAGUUCUUGCUGGAGAUGCUACGCUUCCUCUUUGUGGCGUUUCUCUGCGCCCAUCCUUACGUUGUUCACAGGCCCAGCAUGCUCCAAGCUGUGAAGAUGCUCGAGGAUGGGACGGGUGUUCCUCAAAAGCUUCCGGAGAGGCCUCUUGGAUUUGAGGUGGUCGGGAGCGGUGCUUCCAACACCGAAGCAUUCAGCUUGUCAACGAUCAGUAGCAGGGAGUAGCUUCAGCAGAAGGCGAGGAUCUGGAUAUUCUUAUGACCGUUGGGAUGGACGGCUAGGAUUACUCCCGCUCUUUUACUAGCUUCUCCCGGUCUCGAGGAUCUCUCCUAGGCGGACGAACGAAGGGCGCGUAGGGUAGAGCGCCGGAAGAACAAAUUCCGAUUACCAGGUAGCUACUUCCUCCUUGCGGCAGCGUUUGACAGCGAUUUCGCAGCAGCGGGCACGAGCGGAGGAGUUCGUUGUUUCCGUAAGAAAAGCUGCCCUCUUUCGACGCUCACCGGGAGAUUUCUUCGUAGUUUGCUGGAGCGCUCGCCAUCCGACGCCGAUUUAGCGCUGAAGGACACCACGGCGGUUGCGCGGGUCCUCAAGAGCAAGGAUUCGUUCUUUCCGUAAAAAUCCGUAAGAAACACAGGCAACUACUUUCCACUUCGCUGCGGUGCUCUCUUCCGUAACGCUGAAGACUCUAAGGAUCCUCGAUCUGCAACGAAGAGAGGUUCUUUCUCGAGGCAGCAAACAAUUCCACAUUCUUUGAGGUCCGGUCGUGAUGCAUCCAGAUACAGACGAACGACACACAAAAGGACCAGAAGAAGCUCUCGCAUGGCUGGAUGACCUCCUCGCUCUCCAAAAUCUCGAGAAAUGCUCCUGUCCAUCCGGUACGUCUGUUCACCGUCGAAGGAUGGUGCUGUUCUGCAUCAAGUGCCGCCAGACCCUGUGCGAAGCCAAGAAGUCCGAGCACCGUCACGGCCACAAGCUGCUGCACCUGCGCAAGAUUUUUCGUUGCGUGACGGUCAGUGCACAGGACAUAGGAAAGGUGAUCAACGUCCGGAAUGUGCAAGUCAGCUCCGAGAGGGACACCAUACAUCUCAACCGUCAGACUCCAAGUUUCCUGGGGCAGUGUAUGGACUGCUCGCUUCUCUCGGAUGACUUCUACUGCUCGAUCUACUGCAAGAGGAAGCAGGCCUCCCUGGAACUUGAAGGCGAACCAGAAGAAGACAAACCAGUCGAACCAGAAGGAGGCGAGCCAGUCGAACCAGAAGGCAAACCAGAAGGACGCGAACCAGUCGAACCAGAAGGCAAACCAGAGGGUGGCAAACCAGUUGAACCAGAAGGCAAACCAGAGGGUGGCCAACCAGUCGAACCAGAAGGAAAACCAGAAGAAGGCAAACAAGAAGGCGAACCAGAAGGCAAACCAGAAGGCGAGCCAGAAGGCAAACCGGAAGCCUCGAGUUGCUCUCAAGAAGAACGUCCAGGCCCAGGGAGCUGCGUUCUAAAGGGAAAGCGGUCUAGGCGCGGGCGGAGACAAAGCAUGGAAGCCGGGAGUUUCGCUAGAGGCACUGCUGAAGGGGACUGGUUUUACUACAGGCCGGGCUGUCCAUACGCUUUCGUCGACCUCGAAGCAAAGACGGCGGCUCUCAAAGGCAAGCGGGUUCUCUCGACUGAUUCACUCGAGACAGUCUACAUCAAGACGAUGCAGUGAAACGACGGCUUUCGGAGCUUCACACUUCCUUGAGCAGCGUCAGCUCUACUAGGCCGAGCGGUCCACGGGGCUGGAUCUGCGAGGGACGGACAAAGGCCAGAAAGUUCUUGCCGCUGCUCACGCUGAAGCUGUUGGAGGCCAGGGCCGGGGAGUCGAAGGAAACGUUGAAUGCCGGGGAUGAUGGGAGCUGGCGGUCGUAGAGCUGGAAGGAGCCUUUGGUCCCGGUGAAGAGCGUCUUGCCACAGGCCGCAAUGGUGAGGGAGCCAUUGCCGGAAGAUAUGUGCUCCAACUCUGGGGACGAGGCUUCGUUGGUGGUGUUUGGGUAGUCGCACCAGGCCCCCCAAUCCAGAUGGGCGUUCUUCACGACCAGCGAGGCGGAGCCCCUGUCAUUGAUCUUCACCGCGACCCAUUGCCUCGCUCCUGAUCACUCACAGUGUGUGGAUCUUGAUAGGAUUUGGAAGAACUUGCCUUCUUGAGCACUCGAUGAAACGAUCAAAGUCGCCAGGAAGAUGACGCU